AUGAAUUCAAUCCAUCCUCCUGUGCGAACUUCAUCACCAGUUCCCUACUCGGUCAUCUUCAGCGUGCCGGAGAAUGAGAUCUUGGAGCCGCUGCCAACGCCCGAGCAGAUCGAGGGAUCGACGGAUAUCAUCAAGCAGCGUCACGCAAGCUGCACGGCUCGAGUCGGCCGGGGCUAUGUUGUCAAGUUUGGAUCCCUUGUCGAUCCGGUUGAGGGUGAAAACAUGACUUUCGUGCGCCAGAGCGCACCAGGCGCCCCCGUGCCCAAGGUCUACGCCAUCUACCAGCGCGACGUGACGCCGCGCACAACCAUCACCUACAUCAUCAUGGAUGAUGUCUCUGGUCACCCCCUCGACUCUCUGUGGGAUUCGCUAAACACACCGCAAAAGAUAGACGUCUGCGCCCAGCUGCGCAAUGCCUUCAUCUCGCUGCGCGCGGCACAGGGCCUGGGCUACUUUGGGAGCGUCGAUAGGUCCAAGCCUCGAGACGACAUCUUUUGGGCAGACGUGCCAAUUGGCCGAGAGGGCGGAUCGGUUGAUACCGAGGCCGAGUUCAUCCAAGCCGUGAUUGAUAAGUACACGAUCUAUUGUGGCAACUCUGAACCACGAAAGGUCGACUACUACCGUCGAGUCCUCCCAACUGUCCUUGAGGGGACCAAAGAGUCCGUCUUCACUCACAAUGAUUUUCGACGCAAGAACAUCUUGAUCCGCCAUGACGGCAACAUUGUCAUCCUAGGCUGGGCCUCCGCCGGCUGGUAUCCUUCUUACUGGGACUACACCAAGGCGAUGCACCUCUGCGACUGGCAGGACGACUGGCACGAGUACAUCGGUAGGAUCCUCACAGAGUAUCCCACGCAGCUUCCGUGGAUGAGCACCCUGCGCACCGGGUUGUGGAACAGCAGAAUCGUCAGGUAG